CCCUACGCUUCCAUGUUCCAUGUCAUUCUCAGCCUCCACUCUACUUAGGCACCUGCGACAUUUCCCUGGCGCCUGAAGUCCCUAGGCGCAUCAAAUUGAGUUCCCCUCCCCCCGGCCUGACUCGGGCUUUAUUCAUUGCGACUCACUUCUUCGACAUCCUGCUCCAUCACCCAGCCCAACCCCUUCCCGUCUUUCACACUCGCUGCAUUGCGUGCACGUUGCAAUGGCUGCCCCCAUGGAUCAGAGAAUACAGGUCCCGAUCGAUGACCCCAACGCAGACACCGAGUGGAACGACAUCCUCCGGAAACAUGGCGUCAUCCCUGAGAAGCCGCCCAGCCCGACGCCCAUGAUCGAAGAGGCCAUUGUCGAGGGACGCCGGUUAGCGCAUGAGAACAGACUGGAGGGCAAGGAUCUUGAUGAGCUCGAUGAGCUGGAGGACGACGAAGACGAGGCAUUCCUGGAGCUGUACCGCCAGCGCAGGAUGCAGGAGCUCAACAACCUCACCAAAAAGGCCCUCCACGGCACCGUGUACCCGAUCUCGAAACCCGAAUAUUCACGCGAGGUUACAGAAGCCUCCAACAACAGCCCCGUCUUCGUCAACCUGACAUCGUCGCUGGGAACAAACGUCGAGUCGCGGGUGUUGACGGAGCUUUGGAAGCAGGCGGCCCAGGAAUACGGCGAGAUCAAGUUCUGCGAGAUGCGCGCAGACAAGGCCAUCGAGAACUACCCCGAGCGCAACUGCCCCACAAUCCUGGUCUACAAGAACGGCGACAUUGCGAAGCAGGUCGUCACCCUGAUGCAGAUGGGAGGCGUCAGAAUCAACAUGCUGCAAAUUGACAACCUCCUGGUCGAGGUCGGCGCUGUUCCCGCGUCGGACAUGCGCGUGGCCAAGCGCCGGCGACAGGCCGAAGAUGAAGAAGAGGAGAAGGCAUUUGGGAAGGGGAUCAGGCAGGGUAAUGUGUCCAGAUCCAAGGCGCACGACAGCGAUGAUGAUGAGUGGGACUGAGACAUGUUCUGCAUGCUGUUAAUAUAGUCAGUCGUGCUGGAUGAUGCCUGUCGAUGCUCAGCCGUGCGCGGCAGACGGAAACGACCGGCCGGUACUUCGGCUACCUGUUGUCGAUUGGCUAUGAACAAGGAGUCGAGGAGCAUUCCUUGUUGGCACUGUCCAAGCUGAUUGAGGGCCAGAAAGCCAUAAAUGAUUGAAGCCUGUGCCAGGUGUGGGAUGCGGGCUAAGCCGGCGAACCCGUCGGCCAUAAGUCUUGGCUCAAUGCAGAGCAAGGGCUCCAUCGAAGCGUGUCUUUGCGACAUCCCGAAUCCAAACGAAGAAAUAGAAAAGAAGAAACAGACCAGAUGGUAUGCAGACGCUGCUUGGCCUGUCAUGGCAAAAUUUCAGAACAACGGAGAGGGUCAGCCAACGUUGGUUCCUAAG